AGUAUUUGAGGUCACUUAAAUGUUUCAAAGAGACUUCAUCAGAGACAAAGCGGUGUCAAAGUACGAUUGCUACGAAUCUAAGAGAAUUAGAAGACGGCGGCAGACGACAACAAAUGUCCACAUACCAGUACGAGACUGCUAAAUGCCAACUUAAAGUACAACUCAUGGAGUGUGAUAUAGGGGUGUGGAAAAACAAAUGUUCAGACAGUGUCGCCGGACUGAAAAAUGAAUUUGAGUGCAAUGUAUUACCAAGUUCCUGCAAAAAUAACCGAAAUCUACAAAACAGUCUGCAACAGACAUGCGCAAUACAGAAGUUCGCGCGUCAACUUCGGUCAGGAUCCUCGAAACGCUUUUCUUUGACUUCUGUGAUGAUGACAAUUCUAAGUGCCAGUAUUGUACUUUUAGUGCUGUGAUACCUCUUGUAAUUAAAUGCGUAUUUAUUGUACAUUUAUCUCCUGUUGACGGAAUUGAUAUAUAUGUCUUUAAUGUUACCAAAGACAUCUUUAUUGUGCAUGCUUGAAUGUUGAUUUCCCGUUCCCUUAGUAUGUGAGAUGGUAGUAUAUAAAAAUGCACAGCAUUGUCCGUAAUUCCGAAUAAUGCUAACGGCCUCCUGUAUAUACUUGUGUAUAUAGAAUUUCAAUUUCAUAAAGGUGUGCAAAUUGAUCUUUUAUAGAAUUAAUGUAAAUAAUCUUGUGGCAUAUGAAUAUAUACAUUUUUGUAGAUAUGUUUUAUGAGUACCUAAAAUGCAUAAGGAAUUUUAAAAUCGUGAAUUUGCAUAAUAUUUUUAUAUAAUAAUAACAACUGUGUACGAAUUAUUCGAAAAAUUAUACAGCACUGUACUAUCCCCAAUUUCACUUACCUAGGGACAAAACUUUCAAUGGUGGAAGGUUUGAAUAGCAUUACAUUUUUUUAUAGAAUGCAUACUCUUUUUUAAUCUAGUAGAUAAACAACUAAAUGUAUACAUACAUGCAAAAGUAGGGAUCAUUGCGGAACGCAUACGCGCUGAAUUAUAAUACUGCACGUUAGCUUCGUCGCUUUUCAUUGGUUAACCGUGACGUUUAUAUAGUUUUAUAUAUUUAUUGGCGUCUAUUAAAAAUCUAACCUACUUGUAUUUUAAAUAACCUUGUGUUAUCUUCUAAAUUUUGUCUUCUAGAAAAUAUAAACACGGUGUGUAUGUCAUCAUAUGAGUGUACAUGUAACAUAAGUGAUUAUGAAUUUAUGUGUAAAUAUUGAUUAAUUUGAGUAUGUGCAAUAAAGGUGAUUAUUAAAAACUA